AUGGAAUCCAAACAAGUCAUGGAGAGUGAAAAUGUUUGGUUGAUCCCUGAUUCUGGGAAGCAUGCAAUGGACUCUGAUGCAGAAGGAGAUAGGUCAGAUUCACCAUCAACGUCUCACAUACAUAUAAUACAAGAAAGAAAACAGGGCAAUACAUCUAGGAGAUACAUUAUGGACUCUGAUUCUGGCCCAUUUGAGAUGGAAUCAGAUGCCAAAAGACAUGAGCAAGCCUCAGCCGCUGUUAAAUGCCUCAUGGAUACAGAAAUGUUUCAGCAGAGCACUGGUAAGGGCAGACGCUUGAUGGAUUCUUGGUCAGAAAGACAAACAGUGAAUUCAGACUCUGAAAGCCCUGAGAUGACUGAUUCUAUGAAACCCAUGAGGAGGGCUGAAAUGUGCCAGAGUACUUGUGACCUAGAAAAACUCUGGAUGGGUCACAAGCCUAAAUAUCCAAGACAUGGAGUUGACUUUGAAAGAAAACAUUUAGACUAUAGCAGAAAGUGGGAUAGCUCUAGAAGAUAUCAGCUUCCCACUGUAGAACCGCUGGUUGGCUCUGGAAGAUGUCAAGGUGAGCUUCAUAAGUUGCCAGUUAUCUUUGAAAGGGAUCAAACAGAGUCUAAUUCUGAAACACAACAGACAAACACUGGACAUGAAAGAUGGAAAGAUGAUUAUGACAGUAAAAAAUACCUUGUGAAGAUGGAGAGUGAAUUUGACAAUGAGAGAUCUCAAAUGGAUGAAGAAAGACAUUUCACAGAUUCUUACAGUGCAAAAGAGCACAAAAUUACUUCUGGUGAUAGAACAGACAACCUUGAUUCAGAAACUGAAGCACAACGGCUUGGUGCCCGCAGAAAGGAAAAUCGUCCUCCAGGUUUUUGGAGGCCCAUUCUACCAUACCCUGUAUGUGGUCAGGAAAAGAAAACUAAAGAACAACACUCUCUCCAGCAUCUAGAUGACAAAUUUUCCAGAAUUCAACUCAUGAGGCAGAGUGAUGACAAGACUAUGCGAUUCAAAGAAGUCUCUCCAAUUCUCAGCGACAAGCAAAUACAGAAAAAAUUAAAGGGAAAGUACAGCCCUAGCCUUUCUCCAGACUCAAGCACAUUCAUUGAUAACAGAAAAGUGUCUGCCUAUAAGCAUCAUUACAGCAAAAACAGAUAUUCUCAGAGUUCUCAGAAUUCUGAGCCUCAAAUUAAUCCUAUUAAUCUAUGUGCUGAGGAUAAAACCUCUGAUGUACCAGCACCUGUCUGCACUCCAACUCGUACAAGUCCUGAGCCUGUUGUACAUCGCAAGACUCAAAGAAGUAUUGCACAUCCUUUGGAUAUGGGAAAUCCAAGAAACUCCAGAUAUUUUAUGGAAACAAAUAAGUCCUCUUCUUAUAAAUGCCACAUUAAUUCAGAUGAUUCGGAUUCUGAAAGUCCUAGACAGGUCCGUGUUUCCUUGUUUUCUAAACAUUCGCUAACCUCAACAACAUUUAGACACCACAAGACUUCUCGAAACACCCCUCUAUCUCGAUCCCUGGAUCCUAAGUAUCCUGUGGCCAUGCGCUGCCUUCAGCACCAGGAAGAUAAGUAUUCUCUGAGUUCAACUUCUCAUUUACAUUGUGAAAGUUGUUCAGCUCUCCAAACUACCUUGGCUUCUACUGUUACCUGCACCCAUCCUAUGAACUCUCAAAAUAUAAGCCAAUACCAUGUCUGUGGCAACCUAGUUUCAACACAAGUAACAUUGUCUGAAAGUGAUGACAAGUUCAAUCCUAGUGGCAAACCCCAAAAUGAGGGUAGUUCUCACAAUGUGACUAAACUUGUCAGGGCUAGAAAUCUCAAAGAUAAGUCUGAUGCUAAAGAUAAUCCUCUUUCUGAAGAUGAGUCAAACACUGAAGAUAAAUCUGAUGAUGAAGAUGAAACAGACACUGAAAAUGAAAAUGAUACAGACACUGAAGAUGAAGAUGAUACUAAAGAAAAGAAAGAUCCCAAAGAUAAAACUGACCCUGAUGACAGUAAUCCUGAAGAUGAUAACUGUGGAAAUGAUACUGAUGCCAACAAUGGGUCUGAUCCCUGUAGUGACUCUGGAAAUACAAGUGGGUCUCAUUCCAGCAGAGAUGAUGACCCUAAAAAUGGAAAUGACCCUAACAGUGAAGGCAACCCUAAAAGUGGAGCUGAUCCCAACAGUGAAUCUGAACAUGCCUCCAUCAAUGGUGUUAACUUGAAUUAUAGCAUUGACGAAGGCACAUGCACCAAUAACUCAGACAAUGCAUCUGGUUUUAGUAAGACUAUUUAUCAAAAUGCUACUUCUGACUCCAACAGUGGAAUUCAUCCAAGAUACACCUCCAAAACCCAAACUAAAACUGUGCUGGACUACACUUCUGCUUCCAAUAAUGGUGCUGGCCCUAAAACUGCCACUGGCCUAGACAGUUAUAGUUGCCCUAAGAAUCUUAGAUCAAGUCCAACUAGUCUUAGCCCAAGAAGGAAUGAGAUUCAUUUCAAUAACAAUUUUAGCUCUCAAAACAAUAACCAUGUCCAUCCAAAUGAUCCCAAACUUAAAUAUAAGGCCAAAUGCAGUAAUUCUACUAGUCACAGUAUUAUUUGUACUAACAGAAUCACUUGCCUCAACUUUGGUACAAGACUCACUAGCACUGCUGGUCACAACCACCCAGGUCCCAUCAAAUAUUACUCAGAUGUAAACUAUAUCCUAGGAUUUAAACAUGGGAUAGGAUCUAGCUUUGAAGUCGGCCUAAACUAUUUUGACAGAAAUAGCUAUGUUGCUAGGCCCAGGUCUGCAACUAUUCCUAUCAAUGCCACUAACACCAGCAACACCAUCUGUAAUAGUGGUGCUAUAAGCUUUAGAGGUACCCCUGGAAAAAUCUGUGCCUCAGAUACUAACCAUAUCCCUAUAUUUACACAUAUCAUUAGCUUCACAAUCAUCAUCAACCCCAACUAUAAUGAAAGAAAUAUACACAAUACUUAUAAUUCUCUUGGUAACAGCAAUAUUAAUCUGGAGCUAGAAAGCAUUUCUAAUUGCUCUAUCCCUAAAAUGUGUUAUUGUUUUUGUGCUGGCACAAGCUCUAAUUUUACUACUGAUUAUUUGAUUAUUUCUAAAUUUUACUGUCCACCUCAACUUGGUAGAGAUUAUAAAAAUUUUUAUUACCAAAACUUUGGUGCUAAAUACAAAGAUUCUGCUGGUGGCAUGGGCUCUGUUAGUUCUAGGAAUUCCACUGGAUCAAUGUGUGCCAUUGAUGCCAAUGAAUCUGGCCUUUUAAAAGAUUUCUCCAAGAUCCAGAAUUCCAUUGGCAUCAAGAAUCCUGCCAGUUUAGAGAUUUGGUCUAAUCCAGACAUUCAAAUCCCUAGUUUUGAUGUUAUAGCAGAAGCUGACCUACCAGAUCUUGUGAAGUUUUCUAUAUCAUCAGGUGCUGUGAAUCAUUUUUUUAAGCUCAGCCUCCAGACAGGUAGCUGACUAAACCUUGACCCUUGGUUAAUGAAAAGAAUACCUUGAAAUGGAAAAGGCAAAAAUCACAACUAAGAAGGUUU